UUCAUUUAAAUUCAUGUAUGAGGAGAAACGUGUAAGACAUUAACACUUAAAAGUAAUGUUUGAACAAAAUUCGCGGAAAUAAUACGUAAGAAACAUCUAAUAAUUGAAGACAUCAUAUUUUGUAGCGCAUCGUAACGGUCGUAAUACUUUGUUGGCCUGGUCAUUCAAUGAAUUGGAGAUGAAUUACUUGAACUGGUGACACUACUUCAAACAAAGCAAUAAUGGACCAAGAAUCAUGGCUGAGUUGUGAGAAGACUGCUGUCCUGCAGGGUGGGUUCUUAUUGGCUAAUCAGAUAUGUCAACCCGAGCCUCUCUCCUCCCUGAAAAAAGAGGACUGGGAGCAGAUCGGACGUCCAAUCAUUAACGCAGUAAAAGAGAUAUGCGGAAAUUCUCUGGAAAACUCCAAAGACGGACUAUACUGGAAAAAGAAGAUUCUCUGUAUCGUGUGGAGUAAAGUCCUGGAAAUAAGAGACAGUGAGGACAUUGAUAUUAGAUGGAAGAAUGACCCGUUAUUUGCUGUACAGAACAGUCUUCCUGAGAUAAAUCAUACUGUCCUGUUUGAGCUGGUGAAGUCAAUGAGCUUCUCCUCUAUCUAUGUGGAGCUGCUGUUGUGCUUUCAACCCUCUGAAAGGUGCAAGGAGCUUGAGCUGAUGGUAAAUCACGUGACAGGCAACAGCACUGAAGAAGAUGUUAAGCUACUGUUGGAGGUGUGGUGGGAACUACUGAAAGGGAGGAGAGGAAAUCCCGAUACCUUAGACCAGGUCUUUACAGCUCAGUGUUCACAUUUGAUGACAUCCACAACAGAGCCAUCACCGUUGGCAUCAAAACGAUUCAAACCUGAUCCAGAAUUCACCUCCAUGUGUAUGGUAAAUAUACUGUUUGAAGGGCUAAGGAAAAUCAAAGAGUGUAUGACUUCCCCUGACAUAUGUUACCAUGCCUUAUCAAAUUGUCUGGACACACUGUAUACCAACUAUCUGUUAAGCGGUGCUACAGACCUCCCAAUAGAAAUUAAACUCCAACAUGUCUCUUGCACAGUAAACCUUAAAAAGAAAAAUGAAUCGAUGAAUGGUUUUGACUUGGUUGAAGUCAUACGUGAGGCAGAGAGAGACCUCACUGCUGCUCUCACUCCUGCUGAAACCAAGCCGUGUGGAAUGACGUUCAUCCAAGCCAUGCAGGUUACGCUUGAGACUAUUUGCUCCUGGGAUGUUAUGGGGCUUCUGAAGAUGCCCACCAAUGAUCCGAGUCCCAUGGCAAUCCGUCUGAAGGAGAGCCUAUGUAGAGUUUUAGCCUCACUGGAGCAGCCGUCACAUGCUAAGGACCUGGUUGGAAAUGGCCAAACUCUGAAUAAUUUGAGAGUAAGCUUGAAAGGAGUACUUGCUACUUUAUCGUUUACUCUCCCUGAGAGCUCUGUCUCAGAAUUAGCAAAUAUUUCAAUGAUCAUCAUAGACAAUAAUCUUAAGGGGUUUCAAGGCCUUCCUCAACUGUUUGCCUCCAAACUAAGCCAAGAUUUCAGUGUGGUUGAAUGGAUCAAGUGCCUUGAGAGAAAUAAGAGUGUGUUUCGGACAAAAGAUCUCGUGAUGACAUUGAUCUCCACGCUUAUAGCCAAAUGUCAAAGCGAUGCUGAUAUGCAGCACUGCAAACAGCUGAAGGAUGUUAUUGUGGACAUAUUCUGCCAGCUUUCCUUACCUGAAAAAAAUGCAACUCUUUCACAAAUACUCUCUAUAUCCAGAAAAGGCCUUCAUGGAUUCCUGCCCAGUUCUUUGACUGUAGGCUUCACCGAUGAGCUCAAUUUGUCCUUUAACAGCAUCAUUCAGAGCAAUACAAACAGCACCCUUGAUGCAGCCGUCUCUGCCGUGGCCCAAGUAGCUUUCCAAAACCCUGAAGCUGCCCUGCGCCGAUGCUGCCACAUGGCUGUGGUCAACCUUAAAACUCACACUUUAAUAGCUAAGAUUCUUCAGCAGCUCCCAGGUCUCAUGUCUUCACCAGGGAUUCACAAAAACACCACAGAUAACUUGCUGUGUAGAUGUCUACAAGAAACGGUGUGGAGCAAGUUGUCCUCGACUCAAGAGGAGAACCAGUUUUUGCAGUUCCUAACUGAGAUGAUGAAGUGUAACGUUACUGGAUCAUCAGGAGAAAUGCAGAGUUUCCUUCCUCCUGAAGAAGUCUUGCGUGCAUUCGUCCAACCACACCUCUUUUCGGCUCCCAGCUCAUGCAACUUAGAGUUGUGUCUGCGUCUUCUGCAGUCCGCCCUGACUCAGGAUAGCAAGAAUGACUCCAUACAUUGGGUAAUGAGCUGCUCUCCAUUUCCACUCAUAUAUUGUCUAGCUCAGCUCUUGAAUGAAUGUUGUAGGUGCUGGGAACAGCCGGUAGAGGGUGACACACUAGUUUCUAUGGAAUCGAAAGAGCUGCUUUUGUCUGUCCUGCACAAAUUGGGGACAAUUGUUGGGGAGGAGGUGGCCAAUGCACCAGACGUCUGGUCCAGAGCUCUGUUUUGGCUGUACAGUAAAGUCGAGGAUCUGGAUUGGACAGUGCGUUUUUGUCUGAAGGCAGUUUGGGGAGACCAUUUCAAGUAUGAAGUCCCAAGCUCUUUGUUGGCUGUGUGUGAGCUUCCUGAACACGAGUGGUCCGGCCUGCAGUUGGCUCAGUAUGGACAAGGCACUGGACUUUUAGCAUGGCUGGAGUGCUGUACUCUGUCAGACCAUGCUUAUGAGACACUGAUGGAGUCUCUUUCUUUGAACCUGCUGAAACCAGAUGAUGUUAACAUGUUUAGCAAAGGCUUGUUGGUGGCGGUGUCUCAAAUCCUCCCCUGGUGCACUGCUGGUGAAUGGGAAAGGCUAUUGAAAGUAUUACAAGAGCUCCUGCGGACCAGUAAGCUUUAUGUGCCGUACUCUUUAGAGUAUGUUGACUUUCUGCCAUUACUUGACCUCAGACCAUUUUCCAGCGAGUUGCGUCUAUCAGUGUUCCUUUUGCGAAUCUUUCAGCUGCUCUGUAGUUCCAGCUGCUCUGAUUGGCUGUCACCUCAAGGUUGGGCGCAUACAGGGCGGCUUUAUGCCACCGCAAUGAGGGGCAUUAUCAACACAGUCAGUGAAAAGUUGCCUUUGCCAUCCAUUACAGCAUCCCCAACAAGCUCAGAGGAUAAAAGUGGACUUUGCAGUCAGGAAGUCUUGUUUGUGUUGAGUCAACUCUUCUGUCACGUGCUGCACGUUCAGGUGAUGAUACCAGGCCAGCCAGAGUCUCUCUUCCUGUGUGCCCUUGAGAUUCUGACCCACUAUGAAACCGUGCUCUCCUCGUAUCCCGACAGCUGCACUGCCCUGCAGGGACUCAACACGCGACACUUCUUCACCACUAUCGCCGACAAUUUACAGUGUGCAGACAUGAAAGCUGUUCUCCACCAGAAGAUAGCUCAGUUAUGAGAUCAUACAAGGAACUCUGAACAGUGAGCUUUGACUUUGAAACUAUGAGUUUGAUUUCUGUGUUUUCCUUUUGUUCAUUACAGAAUACAGUAAAUAAAUAAUGAAUGCAUAA